AGGACCAAUGUUAAGAGAGCACACGUCACUCACUUUUACCCAAAAAUAUUAUCGCCGACCACCCCAAUUUUUCUCGGCCGUUUCAAUAUUUUUGCAAAAGCUUUCCGUCGGCUUAAACUGUCGAAGCCAAAUGGAAAUGAAGCGGCUGCUGUGUCCAUCGGCGUUGAUUUCUUGGGGGGACGGUGUAAGCUUUCACUCAGCUCAGCAUCAGUGAAAAUGGCCCUGGCUAACGACUGGAAAACAGCACGCAGAAAUGGAAGCAGACGAUAGCUAGCCUAGGCGGUAAGAAGAAGGCGUGACAGGCCUCAUCCAUCUGCAACUGUGCUCUGCAACUGGAUGCGAUUGCUGAGUUACAUUAAAAUGAGAGGCAGUCAAAUAUGCGAUAGAUUAUCUCCCUCGUCUGCCAGGGGAACUCACUUCCCUCUAGUUUCAUCGCAUCGAUUAGAGGAAACGGUAAGAUUUUACAAGGUGAGCAAAACGAGACUGAAAAAGUGAGUUCUGCCGAAGCCAGUCUACUUUUUGCCUUCCCACAAGAUGAAUAAUGAAGGAUUUAUCAUAGAUUACAUCUUGUGCCCAUGCAGAUAGAAACAAUAGCAUCAGUGCAAAUACUGCAAGUCUCCCGUUGUUUAUUAGUUUUUGAAUUGCAUAGGUUUAUUUGACUGUUAAUGGCAGUUUGGUUGGAUUGAAUAGGCUUAUUACCUGUCACAUAGAGAGAACAAAGGCAACAACCCAGUCCAGUCUUUAACCGGGCAGUGUAUACAGCAUUAAGUGAUUUACAUGCAAUAAUGACUCAUUGUUGUAGAUGACUUAUUAUUAAUAUAAUGGAAUAGUUGAAUUUUUAAUAUUCUUAUUUGCAUUUCAUAUCCUCUGCCUUCCUGUACACAGCAUCUUAUAAUGUUUGAUUACAGCCAUUGUUCCUAUUUAAUAAUUACAUCAUUGCAAAUGUCAUUUGAAACACUGUUAUGAAACUAAAGAGAAUACCAAGCAUUUUUACAUUUUUAUCAGAACAGUAUAAAGCUGUGCACUCAGAAACUUUAAAAAGUUGAUCCAAGUAUGUCAGUAAGGUACAUAAUUUUCAAUUUUUUGCAGAACAGUUGGAUCCUCAUUUAAAAAGUUCAGUCUCUUAAAUUGUGUAUUGUUCUUUGUUAUUUAAUGCCACACCUCUCUGCAUGUACCUCUUCUUCAAUUUAUACUAGGUAAUUGCAGAGAUAGCCACAUAUGCUGUAUUUGUUCUGUGGAUCUCACCUGAGUGGACAAAAGUGUGAGAUACUGUAAACCACAGAACUGCUACAGCAUGUAUGGGUUAACAGAGUAGGUAAGCCAUUAUAUAACAUCGUAAUAAUGUGGGUCAAAUCUCUUCAGUCGCUGUGUUUUUUAAUGAUGGUCUACCUCCUCCCACCUCUGUCUUGCCUUCAUGAAAUAGGUCUAUAAUGGCAAUGUUGACAGUGACUUUUGCCUUUUUAGAACCUCCUUUAGAACCUAUUGAUAAAAAGAGUUCACAUUCAUGCACCAAUUCUGUUUGUGCUGCAAUGCACCUGAGCCACAUCAUGCUAAAGGAACUUCUUGGCUGAACAAGGAUGAGGAAUCUUGCUUAGAUGAAGGAAAAUGUCGACGCAGUAACUCUCAAAGGAAAAAAAGAAGUCAUUUAAACUUCUUGUUAAAACUUUUUUUUACACCGUUUUGAAAUUAGGUGGAACUCCUUACCAGUCAAAAAGACAUUUUACCCUUUGAUCAUAAACUCAUCUUUUCUGACUACCCCACUCAUUUUGGAAGUUGAGUGUGGGCAGCGGAUGAUCAACAGGAAGUAGCAACACCAGAAGUAAACCUCUGGAGAGACAAACUUUAGAUUUAGGACAUUCAGGUAGUUUUUUGAAAAUUGUAUCAUAACCUCACCUUUUGGGUAAAAAUUUGCUUUUUUUUUUCAAGACUCAUUGGUGGGAUCAUUGUUGCCGCUCCUAGCUCUGGAGGUUUGGCCCUACACCCUCAUGUGCAAGUGAGUGGGAAAUGUUCCAAUUUGGAAAAUACAAUCUGGACAUUAUAGAGAUGUUAAGUGGGCACCAGGCCCACCAGUUCAAAGGCCUCGGUUUAGAUCGGCAACUACAACAUCAACAGCAAGUGCAACUUCACCAGCAUCAACUCCAGCAGCAGCAGCAGCAGCAGGCUGAAUCAUCUGGAGCUCUUCUGUCUGGACUUGGCUUGGGCCCCCUGCAGGGGUCAAGAGGUAACGCCUUUUCUGAUUCUGCCUCCAUUUUUGCCAAGAUGAGUGCCCCUCCUCCCCCACCUUUACAACAACAGCCUUCCUCAUCUCAAAGCUCUCGUUCAAAGUCAAGCAAGAUGAGCAGCAGCAGCUCAAGCCAUUCUUCAGGCUACCCACAGUUCCUGCGCUCUUUCCACCCGUCUGAGGCAGCACUAGCACAGGACCAGUUACACCCAAGUGUAGGCCGCUUUGAGCACUUUGCUGGGGGAAGUAGCAGUAGUGGGAGUGCUGGGGGAUUAGGAGGAUUAGUAACAUCAGCACCUCCACCCCCUCCUCCUCUGCAUCCUGGCCUCUCUGUUCCCCAAGCAUCAUCUGGUCCCUCCUCCUCCUCUCCUUCCCCUUCAACCUCUGUGGCCACCUCUAAUAACCCCUCCAGCAGCAGUGCAGUCAGCUCAUUGGGACACCAGUUAGUUGGAGCCCAAUCUGAUGCACGGAGCCUUCACCAACAGUUUAGUUGCAUGUUAGCUGCUAAUCAGUAUUUCCUUUCAGGUGUGCCUGCUAAUGCUAGUUUAGAGCAAUUUCUUGUGCAACAGGGAACCCAUAACCAUUUAGGAAUUGGUUUAAGUCAGACAGGUGGGGAGCCUAGUACUAGUCUCGCUCCACCUCCUGCUCUGCAUUCUUCUCACUCACAUGGCCACUCCACUCCCCAGCCACAACAGGCUCCACAGCAGCCUCCCCAGCAGCAACAACUUCCUCCUCACACCCUUUCCCAUCCUCACUCUCAUUCGCAUCCUCACCACCCGCUUCACCCAGGCUCCCAGCCUUCAUCACUGAGUGGCUUUGACUUCCAGGGUAUCCCUGUACUUUCAUCAAAUCAGAUAGCGUCUUUGAUGCAGCAAGAAGCAGGUUUACCCCUCCCCUUGCCACUUCAUUUGUCCUUAUCUAAGGAUGAUAGCAAAGGGGAAAGCAGUGGAGGUGGAAGUAGUAGCAGUGGUAGCAGUAGCAGCAGGAGGAAGAAAGCUAUGGCUGGAUAUUUACCACAGAGAAAAUCUGAUAGCACUAGUAAUAGCAGUAACAGCCAUGGCCAUAACAGCCAUAGCGGUAAUCCCAGCAGUAGUAGUAAUGGUGCUGGGUUAGGUCAUGGUCAGCCCCCAGCUUUAAUUGGGAGUGGAGUUAGUAUAUCAAAUAUGGGUGGAGACCCAUCAUCCCUUCUUGCCUCUUCAUCUUCAUCUUCGUCAGUAGUCUCUUCCUCCUCCUCCUCUGCUCCCUCUUCCACUGCUGCCUCAGUACUGGUUACUAAUGAUUCUCAUCUUUCUAAAUCUGACAACCAGAGCUCAAUGCAACCCAAUCCCACAGAGUCUGAUUCAGAGCCCGUUUAUAGUUGUGGAGAUUGUGGUAAAAGCUUCCCUCACCUUUCAAGCCUUCGCAGGCAUUUGCGCAUGCAUGAGCCAACCACAGCAGGUACUAGCAAUACUGCCACGACUGGCCCAAACCCUGUUCAUAUUAAAGCUCAGACUGACCCAAGCCUUCCUCAUUCGACACAAGACACGCCCCAGCCCCCAUCUAAUUCCUGUUCUAGCCCAGACAAAAUAUUUCAUUGCCCAGAUUGUGGCAAAGGCUUUAAGAAAAAAGGGCACCUCCUGCAACAUGGGGUUAUACACUCUUCAGCUCGCCCAUAUGGCUGCUCCACCUGUUCUCGGGCUUUUAAUCGUAGAGAGUCACUGACACGUCAUGAGAAGAUACAUGAGGAAAAGCCAUUCCGAUGUCCCGCCUGUGGUCGUGCCUUCCGUGAGAGCACCUCUCUACUCAACCAUGCUGCCUCAGGCACCUGCGGCAAGCCAGGCUACCAUGAUGACCACCGUUCUCAAGGUAAUCCAUCUCCAUGCUACUCUGGUGCCUCCCCCCUUGGAAGUGGGAUGGCGGGCCCAGCUCUGAGAAAGGCACCCUUGGCCCCAACACUGCAUCCACACUCACAGAGCCACAACCAGCACCACCAUCCGCAACAACAGCCCCACCUGCCCCUUUCUUCUCUACUGGAUGACUCAGAGGAUGAUGUCACUAGCUCUGUCAAUAAUGCAAUCUCUGCUAUAACAGCAGCUAGUAACAGUGGAAAUAGAGGGGAUGAUAGGGGAGACAUCAUAGGAGGUCUGCUAGGUGGUCUUGGUUUAGGUCCUAUGGGCUCACCCUCAUCAACAUCUGGUAUGGAUAAGAAUUUCAGAGGAGGUGGGAGCCAGGAGGUUAUGAGCAGCAACCCGCAGAAUCCUACUGCCAAACCAAAACGUCCCCGCAAACCUAGAGCUAAGAAAGACCCUGAAGAGGCUGGACAGCCCCAAAAACGUAGGCAAUACACCCCCAGAAUGGGGCCAAGUGGGCUCCCACGCACUCACCUCUGUAGUGUCUGUGGUAAGGGAUUUGCACGCCGUGAGACACUGCGCCGUCAUGACCGAAUCCACACAGGGGAAAAACCCCAUCACUGCACUGUGUGUGGAAAGUAUUUUAGGGAGGCUUUCCAUCUUAGCAAGCAUCAAACUGUCCACUCUGGGGCAAAGAAUUACAAAUGCAACAUCUGUGGAAAAGAGUUUGGCUACUCCCAGAGCCUCAGGAGGCACAGCAAACUGCAUCAGAAAGGGGAGCUGGAAGAGGUGCCCACAACACCAGCUCCUGAGAACUUAAACAGCUUUAACCCAAACCCUCAAUGUAGCGUGGCCCAAGACAGGAGCCAGAACCAAGUACCAAGCACCUCCUCCUAUUAUUCUUACACUCAAGACGUCAAGCCUCAAGACACCAACCCCCAGCAACAGCCUCCACCACCACCCCAACCACAGCCACCCCCUCCCCCUCGACUGUACACCUGUGCUAUAUGUUGGAAGUCGUUCCGCCAUCACUUUCAUCUGACUGCUCAUCACCAGACAGUUCAUGAGAGUGGGAGUGAAAAGCUCUUUUGCUGUGAGGUAUGCGGGAAAGCAUUUGCUUACUCCAAUAGCCUCACUAGACAUAAGCAAUCACAGCAUGGGAUUACCCGUAAUGAGUCAUCCAACCCUCAAGAAGGCAGCAGCGGGUCUGGAGACAACAGAAGUGGAAGUGAUGUCAAUCAGUCAGCAUCAGAGAGUGAGGCUGCCACCAAUGCCCUCCUGCAAAUGGCUCCUACCUCAGAAGGCCACGGAGGGCAGGGUCUCAGUGUCGUCACUCACAGCCACCAACAGGCACCUCCACAGCCACCAGCUGGUUACUCUCCCCUCUUUUAUGAUGCAGCUCAUUCUUCAGCCUCUAAUGCUCCAUCUUACUCACAGCCUCUGCCUCCAAACUCCACUCUCAUGGCCCCCCAGCACCCUCAUUCCCCAGCCGGGGUGAAAGGGGAGCACAUAUAUCCAGCUGGAUCCCGUAGCCGUACGCUUCACACAACAGCUCCUUUCCAGCCCCUCACGGAACUGCCUUCCACUGAGCAUCAUCAUCUGCAUCACCAUCAUCAUCACUCCCAAAAUCAUCCUCAUCAUCUGUCUGGUUCCCAGUCCCACCAACACCUUGACUACAGCAACCAGUUAUCACACGAUGACUUGAGACGACACAAGAAGAAAAAAAAAAAGUCCAACCGCAGAGAUUGGAGGGAGAAUAAGUGGGAACCCAACGAUGUAGUCAGAUUUGAUGGAAGAAAAAAGAAAAAGAAGAUUAGUUGUAAAAUUAGAGGGCAGCUGAUGAAAAAACAAGGCUCUCUUCGUUUGACAAUUCGAAGAGGAGGCGGAUCAGGGGGUGGUGGCUAUAAGCUUGUCAACACUGGGGGCUUGAAAGUGCAGAUCCUGUCAUCUCUUAAAGUCCCUGUAAAACGUUUUGGCUGUCCUAUAUGCCCCAUUGCUGUGUUUUCCCGUAAAGCAGGACUGCUUGUCCACAUGGCAGUAAAACACAGACAACAGUGCUCGACCACUCUGGAGCGACUGAGGUGCCGUGUAUGUGGGAAGCAGUCUAACAGAGCUUUGGCAGCCUUCAUACACCGGGCCUCCCAUCGUGCCAAAGGGACUUUCUCCUGCCGACGCUGUUCCACUCGCUUCUGGAAUGCUACACUUCUGAAACGGCACAAGGUUUCCUGCCGCCGCAGGGCCAAAGGACUGCAGCGAGGAGAUUCUAAUAGGCUGAUGCUUGCAAAGAGACCAGGAGAAAGACAGACCCACGAGGGUCAGGAGGAGAUGCCAUUCCUACAGGGACCAUACAGAUACUGAGCAUCUUUGUAUCUGGCACAGGUCGCAUUCAUGAGGGAUAUUUCAGCUCUAAAAGUAGGAGGGUGACAAAAAGGGACUUAAGAAGGCUUAUGCUGCCUUUAGGAGACUUUGCUUCAUGUCUCAGUUGACAUUUACUCUGCUGACUAUUAGAAUGAGUGUGUUAACAACUACUGUAGAGCAUUCUUUAAGAUAUGACCAGAAUUUCUUCCAGAUUAUAUUGGAAGAUGUUUUCAAAGACCUGACUGUUUCCAUUGGUUCAUUAACCCCUGAAGUGCAUUGACACUAUGCUUGGCUGACACUGUGCAGUUACUAGACAAGUUUAGGUGAAAUGACCUGCUAAUGUAUCUUCCCCCAAAACUAGAAUCCCUGCUACACCUCUUGCUGUAUGAUAAACGUCUCUGCUGUGUACUUUGUCUUGUUGUUGUUCACUUAGAGGCUCUGAGGAUUUUUUAAUAAUGUAAAGUGCAUUUAAUAGGAAUAGGGACAUUGGGACAAAGACCUUUGUUGAUAGUUUGUCAGUGCAUGUUUGUUCUCUGGUCAAGUUUUUGCUGAGGUUGUGAAACCACUCCUACAGUAUGUGAUGGUUUAUUCAGUAUAUCCCCAGAAGUUUGUAGUGAUAAACUUGAUUUGAAAGUUGCUCUAUAUUCCCUAGUGAUUUAAUCACACAUAGAUUAAAUGUCAAGUUGCUGGUACUUAGCAUUACAAGGAUCCCUCUUCUGCCAAAAUGAAGAAACUUACAAAAGCCUUGCUUAGUAUGUUCACUUUACUUCAUUUUAUUUGAGAUAUUCCUAGCUUUUAUACCAAGAGAUUGAAACAGGUUAAACAAGUGGACUGUAACACAUGUUUAUCUCACGUUAUUUGUAUGCUCUUUUUAGCAGUGAUGAUUUCUACUGUUAUCCACAGUGUGUUGAAGACAAGGACCUAUCACAAUAGAAAAAAUUGUAAAAUUCCAUGUAUUUAUGUGUGUAACCCAAUCAGUCUUCUUGCCAAUCUUAUACUUAACCCCUUUUAUGUUUUGCUUUUUGCUGAGUUGCAAUCAUAUUUUUACUGUCAAGCCUUGUAUUUUGUUUCUUAGUUUCAAGAACUUCUUGUCACUUUAUUCACAUAUGAAAUGUUCAUACCCCUGUCAAGCCUUUUUUCUUCUAAAGGAAAAUGAUAGUUUUAGUAGAUUUUUAUCACAUUAUUUACUGAGAAGUCAGUAGUUGAUUAUAUUUCAGCAAUGAAUAAACCUUAAGUGUAA